AUGAGCAACGAAUACGAUUACCUGUUUAAGCUUCUUAUUAUCGGUGACUCCUCCGUUGGAAAAUCUUGCUUGCUUCUCAGAUUCGCCGAUGACUCUUAUGUCGACAGUUACAUUAGCACCAUUGGCGUCGAUUUUAAAAUCCGAACUGUUGAACUUGAAGGCAAAACUGUUAAACUGCAAAUUUGGGAUACGGCUGGACAAGAGCGAUUCAGGACUAUAACUAGCAGUUAUUAUAGAGGAGCACAUGGAAUCAUUAUUGUUUAUGAUGUCACUGAUAUCGACAGUUUCAACAAUGUCAAGCAGUGGUUGCAUGAAAUUCAUAGAUAUGCCAAUGACACUGUAUGCAAGCUUCUUGUCGGGAACAAAUGUGAUCUAACCGAAAAUAAGCUUGUUCACACUGACACUGCCAAGGCUUUUGCAGAUGAGCUUGGUAUCCCUUUCCUUGAGACAAGUGCUAAAGACUCGAUCAAUGUGGAGCAGGCUUUCUUAACUAUGGCAGCGGAGAUUAAGAAGAAGAUGGGAAGCCAACCAAGUGGUAGUAAGUCAGCAGAAUCUGUUCAGAUGAAGGGGCAACCAAUCCCACAGAAUAGCAACUGUUGUGGUUAG